AUGUCGAAGUCAACCAAGCGCGCGCAUGACUUCGUCGACCUUACAGGCGAUGAUGAAAGUGAGACGCGUCAGAAACGGCCUGCUCUAAACGGUCCAGCCAGUCAACACCAACACCAGGACCGUCCUGGACAAGGUGGAACUAGUGUCUACGGAGGUGGCUCUUCAUCACAGAAUGCGCCAUCAUCUACAGCCGAACCUGAUUAUCUUGACCUGACUCAGGAUGAUGAAGGCCCUCCCCUUGAACUCUAUGGGACAUUUCAUGGGAAGAUUGUCGGCGUGAGAUAUUACGCAGGAUACGCAUCACCAGGAG